GAUUGCAUUUUCGGAUAUUUGAAAAACCGGAAUUGACCGGAUCAGAUCAUAGCAAGGCAGCGACAUUACAGUAGCGUCGGAUCUUCGCGAAGACUUGGAUCUGUUGAUGAGGCAGAGAAAGAUGGCGAAGAUGGUUGUAUUAUCAGCGAUGAUGAUUUUGAUGUUGAUAUCGACGAUCUCAGCGAAAGAGCAGUUCAGCACUAAAGAAUGUGAGGAUCUAGGGUUUACCGGUCUUGCUCUCUGCUCCGAUUGUCACUCACUCUCUGAAUACGUUAAGGACCAAGAGUUGGUAUCUGAUUGCUUGAAAUGUUGUGCUGAUGAUUCUGAGGAUUCCAUGAGCAAGGUUACCUAUUCCGGCGCUAUAUUAGAGAUGGUGAACAUAAGGAAACAAUAAGAAUCGACAACUGGAAACGCGAACAUCUACUGCAGUAUAUGCGAGAGAAGGUCAAGCCUACUGCAGCAAGUUAGUUUUAUUCCCUGUAGGGCUGAAGAAGAAGAUCUUACCUGUCACAUUUACAUAUGCCAAAGCAUUGUGGUCUAGUAGUUAUAAACACAUUAUAACAGACUAUCUUAUCUUUCUCCAAGCUAUUUGGUCCCUCAGUAUCAACAGUUUGUAUGUUCUGAACCUUUGCAAUCUCAGUGGAAAUGUAUUUAAUCCAGUGGUCUUAUGAAAGGAUAAUCUUAAUUUUGUGAUCAGCUGUUUGGUACAAUUACAAGUAAAAUUCAUUACCGUUA